CCAGCCAGCGUUGCUUUGCUGGUGGGAACCAGCUCGGGAGAUGUGGAAACAUGGGCAGAUGGUGGAUCAUCUUCGCGAAGAGGCGACCCGAUCGGACCGAGACGACAUAUUUAGUAACUACAUAACUACAGGCAGAGGGAGAUCAACAACAUCCGCCCCUCCCGCUAGUAGCAAAGCAGCAUAUCCACUUCACAUCCGGUUGGCGGUUGAUGGUGAUGUGUUCUGCGGAGGCAAGUGGGACUCAAUGACGUUCCCGCACCGAGCCACCGACCGAGGCGGCGCGGAGACGGCGGCUCAGGGUUGUCAGGAUUUCUCAACGAUUGACUCUCGGGGCCAUGCGGCGUGGUACAAGGAUGCUCCGGGAUUCAUGCCGUCCCUCGCCGAGCCACCGGAGCAGGGAAGUCGGAUGGGGACGGUUGGGGGGCCCAUGACAGAGGACCCAACCCUGACCCCUGGAGCCGGCUGGGCGAGGCUGGCCAGACUGAACGGAGCUUGCCACUUUUGCGCAUGCUCCGCCGUCCGAGCGCCCGAGGUCAAUGUUCGUUGCCCCUGGAACGCGCAGAGCGGUGCAGGGAUGGCGACAAUCGCCCGCCAUGGCAGCGAUCAUGCCUUCUGGGUCGUGGUUUCAGAAAGUCGAUCUGGUGAUGACCCUGCAGCUGUUGGUUGCUGGAUAAACCUCAGCGUGGGCGGGGUGAUAAGUCCUUUGCAGUGAGGUUCAUAUUGAACAGGGAGGGGAAGAAGAGGGAGGAGUAAACGAUGGCCAUUGCGAGCCGUGAACUGGUCUGGUUUGGUGUUUCCUCUCAGUCCACGUGGUCUGCCUGGUACGCCACGCAAAGGGAGGCAGUUAACGAACACUCAGCUUUGCCCAACAUACCGUG